CAUCGCUCCCAACCCAGACCACACAACCACGCUGCCCAAACGCAAUUCGAGGCCCGACUCAGCGGCGGCGAUGGCGGAAUCAAGGUGUGCGAUGGCGCCGGCUGCGAGAUCCAGCGCGCCCGAGUGUGGCUUGGAUCCCGUGCGUCCUCCCGCGCACUCGAGCGGCAGCGGGAUCCCAGUCGACUUGCCCUCCCACACCCUCGAGCAAGAACGGCGACGAUGCCCUCGGCUUGCACCGGCCGCUGUUGUCCAUUGAGUUCCCGUUCCUCGCCGCCGCCAGGUGGGGAUGGAGACGCCGCUCACGGUGGUGACGGAGGCGUUCAAGGAGCUGGCGUGCGGGAUGGACGCCGACGGCGGGGAACUCCACCUCGCGCCCUUCGACGACACCUGCGCGCUCGUCUCCGUGCUCUUCAGAAGCCUUGGCAUGGCCUUCAGGUUCGCCAAGAUCGAGUAUGUCACCAAGCUGUGCAGCAGUCGUGCGCGGGCCGACGCGAGACGGCAACGCGCGCGCAGGAGGCGACGGCUCGCGGCGCAGCGGCCAAGCAAGAUGCGGCGUGUGGCUGCUGCAUAGAUACGUUUGUGUUUGUGCAUAGAUACUAUUAGUUGACUGUUUGCCCAUGCUUGCAAUAAUAUACAUGCUAGUGUCUGACCAUAGAUACUAUCCGUUUGCUACUAGUCUCUUCUAUGCAUAGAUCGUAGUAUCAUACACAUGCUACCCAUGCUUUUAUGAUUGCCCUUACUGGUUUUUAUGCCUUUUGGUACCAAGGGUGGGUUGCCGAGGAGAAUCCAAUUGAUGACAGCUCCCGCAAUGUGUCAUAUAUUUGUCUAGUACUUUCCUCCCAUGUUUAUAUGAUUGUCUUCGCUGAUUUAUAUGUCUGCCAACACUGGUUUAUAUGUCUGCCAAAACUGUUUAUAUGUCUGGUGGUUUUUCCAUCAUAUACAAGUAGCUGCAUAUAUAUGUAUGAUUGCAAUCAUAUAUUUGUUAAGUUGAUUUUCAUUUCUGAUUAUAUUCAUUCACUCAUGAGAUUUCUAUGCCAACAUAGCACCCUUUCUACACAGGUUGUAGGGAAUGGGAAUGUAUUUCUAGGCCUAGCUCUGCUAUUGUUGUAUGGUUCUUUUGUCUGGUCGGUUGCAGUAGAUUAGGAUAGGUUUAUCUAUGAUCAGAAAUAGGAUGGUUCUUUAUGAUCACAAUCUAUUUUUGGUACUCCAUUGGAGCAUCCAUUCCUAUUAGAUGCAUGCUUCUAUGCUUGGCCUUACAUGUUUCUUUUUAUGCAUAGAUACUAAAUAUCUUAAACGUCUGAGCAUAGAUACUGACUUGUAUCUUAUAUUUCUAUGAUUGGCCUCAGUGGUUUUUGUACCUUUUGUUGCUACAUGUAGUUGCUUAAUUAGAUAUAUGUGAUUGCAGCCAUAUAUUUGUUUUGUUAUUUUUUCUCUCAUGUUUCUAUGACUGCACUCACUGAUUUUUAUGCCUUUUUUAAUAAUGAGGUGUGUUGCUUAUGAGGAUUUGCCGGACGAUAACUUCCACAACUGCAAGCUAGCAUCAUAGUCCUCACCAGCAGAGUGCAAACAUCAUUGAUUUUGUAUUCUUAGUUUGUACAUCUUUAAGAAUUUUAUAGUUCGCAUAAUUGUUUACAACAUGGCUAGAGCAUGAUGGGCGAAUUUUGUUCCUAGUUUGUACAUCUCUUUAAGAAUUUUUGUUCUUGAUUUUGUAUUCUUAGUUCUUGAGCAUGAUGGCUAGAACACAAUUGUUCUUGAUGCACAA